AUGGCCGAGUACUCAUCAAUGAAGGUUCCCGAGCUCAAAAAGGUGCUCGGCGAACGUGGCCUCCCACAGUCCGGCAACAAACCAGACCUGAUUGCGCGCCUCAAGGAGGACGACGAGAAGAAGCAGCCUGCCGGCGCAAAGACGACAGACAGCAAGCCCGCCGCCGAGACCGAGGACGUCAUCAACUGGGACGACGACGACGACACAAACGCGGCCGCUGCCAAGCCACAACCUACUGAUGCACCAGCGGCUGCGGAGCCGGCCAAGACCGCCGAGCCCGCCGCGCAACCAUCAGAGCCGGCGCCCGCUGCGGAAAAGCCCGCAGCUGCGCCCGCAGAAUCCACAAAGGAGGAAGCUGCCGCUGCCGCGCCCGCUGCUGCUGCCACCACCGCCACCAGUGCAGGAGACGAGGCCAAGGCGCCCGCAGAAUCCACAGAGCCCUCCAAGCCGGCCCUCAGUCAAAACCUCCCCUCGACGUCGGUGGACGCCGAGGCUGCCAAGCGGGCAGCGCGCGCAAAGAGGUUUGGCAUCGAGGCGCCGGCGGAGGACGAGGAGGCACGCAAGAAGGCUGAGCGCGCAAAGAAGUUUGGCAUCGAGGACGCCACAAAGGCGCUCGACGCCAGCCGGUUGGACUCGGCGUUGCCGGACCGGCCGCUGAAGCGCGGGCGCGACAAGGGAGACCAGCAGCAGGAGGGCGGCGAGGGCAAGGGUAACGGUGCCAAGCGCCAGCAGCAGGGCGGCGGCGGCGACGGGCGGAGGAACAACAACCGGGACGGCGGCCGGCGCGACAGGAGGAGGGGACGCCCCAACGGCGGUGGCGGCGCGAGGAACGGCGGCGGCGGUUCCGGUAUCCUCAACGACCCGGAGCAGAAGCGCAAGGCUGAGGCGAGGGCCGCGAGGUUUGCUACAUGA